UUUUAGUUGUUGAUUUAGUAUUAGGGUGUUGUCUUGGUGGUUUAAAGGGUACAAUAUUUGGAGCUAUAAUAGGUGAAAUUUUAACUGGGUUUAAUUUCUAUGUUUUAUUUUAUUCGUUACAAGAGGAGGUCAACCCAAUUUCGCUUUUACUUUUCUGGGCAGAUUUAUGGGCUACAUCAUUUGUUAUUUAUCCUACCAUUGAACGAUACAUCAAAAGAGGAGGAUUUGUAGAGCGAAAAGUAGAAUUUAAUACUCGUAAUCAUUCAUUGUGGAACCCUGAAACAUUUUCAGGUCAUUUGAGCGAUGAAAGUGGACAAUUGUCUAAAUUUAAGAAAAAAUUUGGUGAAGAAAUUUACGAUUUAGAUUUUGUUCAAUCCGAAGGAGCGUUAUCAGAGAUUACUAAUUUUGAGGAAUUUUUUGGUCUGAUUAUUCCUAAUGCUAAUGAUUACAUAGUAGCAAAUAUCGAUUUUGUUAAAAUACAGAAAAAAUUGAGAGAUUUUGUUUUACAUUUCAUGUGGCCAAUCAUAACAAAAGUCACAUGUUAA